AUGGCGCAGUUAAAACCAGAUUACAAAUAUGUGAAAUCCUUUCCGGAAUAUAAUUCUUAUUUUGUAGAUGCUACAAUAGAAGAUAAUGAUUCUUUUAAAGGAUACUGUAGAAGCCAUACAACUAAUGAUUUAACAAGCUUUACUUAUAACAGUGAUCAUUUAAUUGCACCUUGUAUAAAAUUUGUACAAUUUUUAACUUGUUUAAAUGAAAUACCUUCGAAUGAUAAAGUUCAUGGUUGCAUAUACUUGUGUUAUCGGCUAUACCAUGGUGUAUUGAGUAAAAAGGAAUCAACAUAUAAUACUUUCACACCGUUCGAAAUCUUUGCGAAAGCAUAUAAGCAGCAUAAAGAAGAUGCACAAAUAUAUCUAGAUUAUGUAAAAAAUACCACUAAUGAUAUUUUUCUAAAUAUUCAAACACUCAUUGUUCUUUAUGAGAAUUUGGAAAAUUUUUAA